CUCCGCCGAAGCUAAUUAGAAACUAGAAAGAAUAUAGAAAACCUCUUCGCUCCUUUUUCAGGAGAAGCGAGGGCGAAUGUCGAAGUCUUGCAAGGGCUUGGCAAUGGAGCUCGUGAAAUGUCUCAGCGAAACAGACUGCGUCAAGGCUCAAAAUAGACCAUAUAGGGAAUGUGCUGGAGAGAAGGAACCUUCUAUAUCAAGUGAAUGUAUUGGUCUGAGAGAAACAUAUUUCAAUUGCAAGAGAGGCCAGGCACACUUCCUCAAAACUCUCCUAACGAAAGAGUCCGACUCACAAAUUUUCGAAGCCCACAUUGGGGAUAGGACAUGAAUAAGAAGCUGCAUCAGUUGAGAAGGGGAAGGAGUAUCUAUGCUAGUCAAUGUAGGAAUAAAUGAUCCUUUUGGGUUUUCUCACUCUCUCUGUUGGGUUUCGAAGGGGCUUGCCAUAUAGAGGUUUUUGAAAGGAAAUUGAGAUACUGUUGUAUAUUUUUUCCUUCUCUUGGGGAUGGGGCCAGGAGGACGGUUUGCAUCAGU